AUGAGCAAUGCAAUCCAGCACGAGAGUUUAAGCAGUGGAGCAAUGUGUUUUAUAAGAAAACCUAUCGACUCAAGUGACCUCAACAUCGUAUGGCAACAUGCUGCAAACUGCAAUAUGAAUGAUGGUUCAAAAAGAAUUCAGGAGUCAAGUUCAACUAACAAUCCAUAUGAUGGAGAUGAGACAGAUCCAACCAACCAUCCAAUUGAUGUUGAUGGAGAUUCGACGAAUCCAAAUGAUGGAGAUUCUGGAGCACAAGUUGUAAAGAAGCCUAAGCUCAAAUGGACGAACUCUCUUUAUAAUCAAUUCCUGGAUGCCAUUGAACGUAUUGGUCUUGACAAAGCUGUGCCCAAGAAAAUCUUAGAGACCAUGAACGUGAAAGACCUAACAAGAGCACAAGUAGCCAGCAAAUUACAGAAGUACAGAAAAUUCUUGAAAGAGGUGAAGGACAAUGGCACAGAUCUAACAUCAGUACAAUUGUCAAGAAGAGGUGUGAAUUCCAACUUUGUAUCAUCAAGUUACAUCGACCCGCAACACUCUAAUAACUCCAACACAAGCCUAGGCAACAACAAUGAUAUCUUGUCCCAACUUCGCUAUGGUGUUGGUCAGUCAAACUUCAUGAUCCAUAACAAUCCUUCUAAGUCCCAACUUAGCUAUGGUGUUGGUCAAGCAAACGUCAUGAUGAACAACAAUGCCUUUAAGUCUCAACUUAGCUAUGGUGUUGGUCAACCAAACUUUAGGAACAACAAUGCUGGUUCACAUGAUUCCAUCCACUACAUGAACCGUAGGCCCACCUACGACAUGAGCCAAACCGGAUCUGACUUAAUGUCUAUGAGAACAAACUUCGGGGUUCCGAAUGGAAUGUUGCCUUUAAUGGAGAAGAGUGUAAACAUUUUCGGAACUUCUCAAGAUUCUCAAGCUCCUAAGUUUGGACAAUUUGAUACAACAAACAAUGUUUUGGGUUUGAGCUCCAAUCUUACUACUGGUCAUAUGGGGGGUAAUUAUGCUGGGAUCGAGCUAAGUGAAAAUGGAGAUUUGAUUGCACCUGGUGGAAUAAGAGUUCAUGGUAAUGAGAAUCCAAGCAUAUUUAAUGAUCAUCAUGGCAUCAACGAGGGUUUUAACAACACCAUUAACUCGCAGAUUGAUCAGCAUCAGAAUCAAGGUGAAAUGACUGGUGAAAAUUUUGGGGUGCCUACUGGGGAUCUUCUUGAAAGGAAUGAAAUUCUUGCUCCUAUCCCUCCUCCUGAAGACAUUAGCAAUUGGAGUUUCAAUAAUGAUAACUAUAAUGAUGGAACACUGAACUCUGUUGUUGCUAAUUCGCAAAUGCAGUUUCCUACUCAUGACUUGAACAUGACAAAUCAGGAACUUGGUGUUGGGGAUUCAAUGGAAUUCUCGUUGUCAUUCGAUAAGGAUUGGGACGAUGAAGCUUUACAUAUGUUGGAGUCUUUGCUGGGUACUGACAUGAUUUAA